AUGCGAUGGCAGAUCCCAAGGGCCAGAAGUAGUGAUGGUAGGCUUCAAAUCGCUCACCAGCUACUUGAACGAGCUAGUGCAAUACCCAUAGUAAUGUUCGGGUCGAUGGAAGUGCAACUGGCUUUUGCCAGUGAAGAAUUUGGUCUUGAUCUAGACGUAGCAGCACCACAUCGCGAUAGCGGUCUUCAAGUUAUGAAGCUUCGUCAUAAUCGGUUCUUACGCGUGAUACCCAUGUGGAAGAAGCAUUCCUAA